AUGUCGAACAAGGAAAAGCCUAACAGAGGACGGGAACCAAACGGGAAAGGUACUGGUGCAAAGAAGUCCUUUGUUCUUUCGGGAAGACCAUCGAGAAUAGCAUGCCAUGACUUCUCAGCGGCGGUGGAACAAGCACAUCUAGAUACCAUAUCGAAAAACGGCACAAUCGGUAGAAUUCGCAUAGCAUCAUUUGCUAACCUCACCGGACUUGAGUUUAGUGAUCCGCGCCAAGUGGACUUAAGCCAGGCAGCCCGAUCAGGAAAGGAGGGCAUGUGCUGCAAUGGCGGGAUCAAUUUCACAUCUGCAGGGUCUCCAUGUAUGCGCCAGGAGAAUCACCUGGGCUCCGACAAGGAAAAUGCGAAGAUACCACUGCACCAAGCUUGA